AUGACUUCACCGGUGACAGCCAUUCCCUCCGCUUCCCAAACUCCGGCCCCGCCCACGGCCCCCCUCCGCCACCUCCCCGCGCCGACGCCGCCGCCGCCGCGGCUCAGGAAGCGCCGUUCCCAUUGGUCCGCCGGCGGGGACUGCCCGCCCCUCCGCGCUGAAGAGGCGCCCCUAUUGGCCGCUGCCCCGUCGCUCAUCCGGGAGACCGUGGAGCGGAGGGUGGAGAAGGUGCUGGAAGCGCGAUGCUGCCCCACGGCCUGCCUGGGCCGGCCCGCCGCCGCGGGGCGGAGCGGGGAGGAGCCGAGCGGAGGGCGGCGGGCGGCGGGGCGUCCCGCACCUGGCGGCGUGCGCCGCGGGACACCUGCCUGCGGAAAGGGACGCACGCACAAACAAAAAAACUCGCGGAAAGGCGUUAACGAAACUUCGGGGCCGCGGCCGUGGCGCGGCGAGGAGGCGGCCGACAACAUUCGGGGCGGCCGCCCCCCGUCCCGCCGCGGCGCCGCGCCCCGCCGGAGCCCCGUGCCAACGGGAGGCCGCGAGGAGCGGCUGCAGAUCGGUGACGGCGCAGUGCGGGCGGGUAAAUGGCGCCGUUGCGCUGCGCUCGGCACGCCGCCCGCUUCCCGGGCCGGAGGGGCUUUAUCCGAUCCCGGCCGCGUACCCACGGGAGGCGGCGCGUCGCCGGUGCUGUUGGCGGAAGGUACCGCUGUUUAUGUAACGGCGCCGCGGGGCCGCGCUCUGAACAGGCCGUCACGGGCUGCUCAGACACGAGCACGCCGGCAGGCAGAGUGGGGCGAUGCGCGCGGUCCUAACCCCGUCACGAGGAAGGAGCCUGCUGCUCUGCAGGUGGUGUGCCUGUCCUGCGGGCCGCACGCUUUGCGAGAGAAGUCUUCUUAUGUCUUGUCCAUUAUGUAUUGGAGACAGUACUUCUUAUUGCUGAAGCACGUGAAACUUAGAAGGAAGGAUAUUCUACCUACCCAUGUAUUGAUCUGUGGUUUAGAAGAGAGAGUAUCUUUCAAAGUAUCUUCAUUUGCUUUAAACUCUCAAGGUGUGUUUAUUUGUAUGUGAUGUCCAGAAGAUAAUAUUCAGCUGAGAUCUUCUCAAAGCUAAACAGUGGAGAACAAAUAGAGGGGAAUAAUUAUUUAGUUUGUCUAAGGAGUGUUUAUGAGUGCAUUCCAAAACAAUUGGUUUGUCUGUGUGUGAGUGGUACUACAUUUGUGUUUGUUUUAUGGUCUACCCAAUUCCAUUGCUUCAUUUUCUUUCUUACUCUACGGAAAAGCAGAGGCAAAUGGAGUUGAUCCUGUGCAUUUCCUUGCUUCUUCUAGAAGUUAGCAUUUUGCUUCCUACCCAGCUGCCACAGUUAUGUAAGUAGAAGGUAAAAUCAACUGACUGUUCAGGUUGCAGAUGACACUAAGGAAGCUGACUGCUGUCUUCUCAGCACAGGCAAAGCAGCUGUUCUCGAAUAUAAAGAUGAACCUGAGACCUGACACUGACUUCUCUGUUCCUAGUUAGUUAUGAAAGUCUGUCUGGGAGAAGAAUGGAGAUCUGCAUUUUCAAGGGAAGAACAAAGGAGAGUGAAGACUGGAGACAGUACAAGAGCAGGUAAGAAUGAGAGACACCAUGCUGGAAAUGAAAAAACAAGAAACAAAAAACCCAGAGUUAAUACUUAUCCAUGGGAGAAAAUUCAGGCCAAGGAAUGUGAAAUGGGGGCUCCUGGCAGCUAGUGGGAAGUCUAGUUGACUGAAUCAGUUCUUUUUCGUCCUCAUGGCUACUGCAGCUUUUGCUGAUAGCUGUUGUAGUACUUCAAAACUCAUUUCUAUGCAAUGUUUCAUCAGGUAGGUGUUUUUGGUAGAUUCCGCGUAAGUAACUUCAUGUAGAAGCUGUUGUGACUACAGCUGGAUAAAGGAUGAUCUCAGGGAUAAAGGAAACUGCAAAGAGAUUGUAAACAACUCACCCUCUUAACACACUAUCUUGGAUUAUUUACACUUCUACACUAUUUUCUAUUACAGUCAAGGCAGUGAUAAUUAAUUUAAGAAACAAGUACUUUACCAGUUCUGUGAUACUGGAGAGGUUAAAGCUGAACUGAGGAAAGUCAGCCAAGAGAUCUCAAAUUUCAGUCAUUAAGAAAGUGUCAUUUUCCAGGCAGUGUUAUUCAAUGUGUAGGUGGAUUGUUUCUUUUACACUGUGGGAUCAUUUUACUCAAGAACCUUUCUGACUAUUAACAGGCACUGGUGAGUAGAAAAUCUGCUGUGAAAAGGACUGAUAUUUAUCAUGAGCCUUGCAAGGAACUAGAGCAUCACACAGAUCAGUCAGGUUCAAGCAUACUGGUUUUUAUGUCACGCUGUCUGACCAGACUUUGACAGAGACCCUUAGGAAAAUAAAGCACUGAUUUAAAAAAUAAGCAAACAAAAAUAAUUGUACAAAUGGGAGUUGAGGCAUCACAGGUAGAACUUUGUCUGUUUCUGAAAGCACACACAUUUUAUAUAGGUCUGUCUUAGGAAAUUAUUUCCUUUCCAGUUUAGAUAACAGCAAAUGAAUUCCUGCCAAAGGGUACUGGAACUAUACUGCGCACAACCACCACAUUUUUCUUGUUCAUUUCUUUUGUGUGUUGUGUUAAAGAAAACAGCAUGGAUUGGCUCUGGGUGCUAAACUGGGUUUGUAAACUGUACAGACACUUCUGCUGAGAUCCCUAACACUGCCCUUCUUUUCAAGUAUGCAGAGCUAUGUUGACAAAUGAUGUUAGAACUUCUGUCUCAGCAUGCCACAAUUGUGAACCUUUUUUUCACUAGUGUAAUUUGGCCAAGCACCCAAAUUCUUGCAAGACAGAUGAUCUCCACUUUGAAAACACAAAGGCCUACAAUUACCCUAAUGCAGUAUGCUCAUGGCGUAUUUCUCCUAUGUGGUCUAUCUAGUGGAAGUAUUGAAUCUGUUGACAUGGUAAAUCUCCUUUUCCCUGAACUGCAUGAAUUAACUGCUGGAAGUUAAUUGGAAGUGGUAUUUCCAAGGCCUUCUAUGACAACAUUUCCAACAUGAAUGAUGACAGGCAUCUUUAAAAAGUUUUGGUUUUCAAUUCAGUUUCCAUGUACUAAAAAUUUCUUCUGAAAAUCGAGCUUUCCCAAAAAAUGCAAUGAAAAUAAGCAGUGACUUAUCCUUGUAACAACUUGUUCAGCAACUUCAUGUGGGUGGAAAUGUUUGCAGGAGAUUGUCCUUUGAUUUCUAAUACAAGUAGAGCUUUGUAAAUGUGUUCAAAUGACAUGCAUAUUGAUUUGUUUGUGCCUAGAUCUUACUCAGGAUUGGAUACAUAUACAAACCUCAUGUUACAUCUACAGUAUUGUACAAUGAACAGCUUUAAAGAUUUGUUAAGAUUUUCCAUCCCAUGGAAAUUCUGCCAUCCAUUUAAUCAUAGAACUUCGUAAUGCAACUCUUUUUGUCCCACCUUAAAAACACAAUAUAAAUCCACUACAACAUCUGUCUGUGCUAGUUUUGCCUUGCAGGUAGGUUGUUGAUUGGGAAGAACUAUGACUUUAUUUUGUUUCUUAAAAGCCAGGUUUUAUUUUUGAUUCAUGCAUUUCACUAGUCAUCUUCUUCAAGGUCCACUCUCCACACCUAUUUUUUGGCCAAAUUUAAGACAGUAAGAUGGGACCAAAUAGUGGCUGAGUCACUUAUGUUGUGUGCCAACAAGUUGCUCAUUUGCUGAUUGGCCACCUGCCUUCAAUCUAGAUUAUAUCAUUCCAGGGAGCUGCUCCAGCUGGCCAGAGAUUGGGGAAUAAGAGCUGUAGUCAAGGAUACCUGCAAAGUGCUGGGAGCUGCAGUGAAGAGUCUGUGAAGAGAAGCACAGAAAAAGGCAAAUUAGAGGGAAGGCAAGGGAAAAAUAGAAGUGAUGAGCCAAUUUCUGAUCUCAGCAUCACUGAUGUCACCAAUCAGAAUCUGGUCCACAGAGCGCUAGGGAAAGAAGAGAGAAACGGGUCAGAGGGAAGAUAUGUGGAGGUGACAGAGGGGAGAUAAUUAAUCAUUCCUCAACUGUAAUCUUAAUGACUCCUCUGCUUUAAUACUUGUAAUGCCUCUUACAAAGCCAAGAGAACAAAAUAAAUAAAAUUUUCCAAA